AUGGACUCUCCCCCGACAGAGGUGACACUUCUGCCUGCCAUGGACGAGCACAGACAGGCAGACGAUGACGAGCAAGGCCAGUGCCUGGAAGAGCCUCAUAUCAGUCUGCCAGCGCAUACAGCCUUCCAGAUGACUCAGACUAACGGAUACGGUCAUCCCAGUCAUCAGGCACAGGCUAGCUUUGGCGAUGCGAGCGAUCUCUUUCGAUCAACUGGGCCAGGCCAAGCUGAGCCUGCUUUCGAGUUUGCUCCUUCCGCCGAGCCGGACACAAACGACAGCGCUGGCUUGACUGAAGAAGCCAGAGCGCCGGUGACGGUCACGAGCACGAGCAACGGCGUGCUGCCCGAGCAAGGGCACCACGCUCAUGAGCAUCUGUCCAACGGCCACACUCCUGCGGCAACGCUACCUGUAGCCGACUUGCGCAAGCUUUCGCUAGACCAGCCACGCUCCUCUGCAGAGACCUCGCGCAGCUCAGAAGUCACGUCACCUGUACAUACCAGCAAAGCCAUCCUGACGAGUCUCUCUCAUGGAGACGCGCCUGGCGCGACAGAGGGAUGGCCAGGCGAAGCAGAGGACCGACUGGUUGCGCUCGAGCAAGAGCUAGAGCAGACCAGGCAGGAUAAGGCCACCGUCGAAGCUCAGUACCGGUCGCUGCUCGACAAGCUGACCCAGAUGCGAUCCACAGUCACCGCUCGCUUUCGUGAAGAUGCAGAGGAACUUGAGAAACGAGCGCAGCAGGUCGCUACGUUACAGGCGAGCAACGAAGACUUGCACGAAGCUGUCGAGACGCUCAAGACUGAAUUGAUCGCCUCGAACGAAGAUAAUGCGAAAGCGCAUGCCGAACUAGAACACAUCCAGUCUCGCGCGGCAGACUCCCAACGGCUCGGCGCAGAAGAGCUGUCAAUCCGCGAGGCGGCUUUCAAGGAUCUACAAGAUGAUGUGGAGAAGAUGAGGCUGGCCAAGGAAGCUUGGGAAGCCGAAGCGAUGCGGGAGAGGAUAGAGAGGGAGACUGCUCAGGCGACUCUGCAGGUCAUCGAUAGAGAGAUCAGCACUCUCAAGAGGGACAAGGAUGCCAUGCAGGCCGAUAGAGAUAGAUAUGCCGAGAGCGCAUCCAACCUGCAGACCGUUCUCGAAGAGUUUCAGGAGGGCAAAGACCGAGAACUGCAAAAGUCGCUGGGCGAUCUGCAGACUCAGCUCGAUACGACGAUCGACUCUCUCGCCCAUUUCAAGCACCGCGCGCUACAAGCAGAGACGCGGCUCGGCGAAGCACAAGCAGACAGCGAAAAGGUCGCUAUGCUGCUACAGGAAGUCAAAGACAAGAAUACCCAGAUAGGCAAGCUGCGUCACGAAGCGGUCAUACUGAAUGAGCACCUUCGCGAAGCCUUACGGCGGCUCAAGAAGGACUCCAACGAUAGCAAUGUCGACAGACGGCUCGUCACCAACGUCUUGCUCACUUUCUUCAACACGCCCAGGGCAGACUCGAAGCGAUUCGAGAUGCUACAACUUCUCGCUUCCAUCUUAUCGUGGUCGGAUGAGGACAGAGAGAAGGCGGGCCUGCAAAGAGCGGGCACGGGCGAUCCUCGCAGGGCCCAAAGCAGGCCGAAGGGUCACGCGAGAACGAAAGCGCAGACGGUCGAUGACAGCUUAGCGGAGGGCGAAUCCUUCUCUGCACUGUGGAUAGAGUACCUUCUCAAGGAGUCGGGAGCCGCGUCAGCGAAUAUGACUGCAGGCGCUCCGCCGCCAUCAUUUUCGCCCAACCAGUCAGUCAUAUCGCCUUCUGCUUCCUCAGUCGGGGGCAAUCCAUCUCGACAGACCCGCUUCCCCUUUCCGCAGCCGACCUCGCCAACGUCUCCGACAUCGACUUCAAGGCGGCCUUCACUUAGCCAGGGGCGACCGAGUUUCUCGUUCCAUGCAGCUCUGACGACAGAGGCACCGCCGCUAUCGGCAAGGAUACCUUCCGAUCACGGCAAGUAA